AGGACGGAUGAAAUACAUUGCUUUUUCUCGAAUAUUUGAUAUCUUUGUUCGACAGUCUCACACCAUAUGUCUUCUCGUAUGUGGAAAGUUUUCUACGAGAUCCAACACGGUCGAUAAUGAAGCUAUAUACUUCUCUGCUGCUACUGACGCUAAGCACCAAAGCGAGAUGCGAGUCUUUCACCUAUGUAAUCGCCGGGGGCGGAACUUGCGGUCUUGUGCUUGCGAAUCGACUGUCUGAAGACCCAAAUGUCAGAGUGGCGGUCAUUGAGCCCGGCGACGACGUCCGUGAUAAUGUAAAUGUUACGGAUGUGACUAGGUUCCUUCGCGCCUUUGGCACCGCUAUUGAUUGGCAGUAUACCACAACACCGCAGCCAGGCGCAGCCAAUAAAUCACUUGCCUUCCAUGCCGGCAAAGCCAUCGCGGGCACUAGUGCGAUUAACGGGAUGACGUACAUCCGAGGCGACAAACCCGAAAUCGACGCUUGGGAAGCUCUUGGAAAUGACGGCUGGAAUUGGGAUACAUUAUAUCCUUACUUCAAACGUGUUGAGCGAUUUUCGCCACCCACAACAGCGCAGAUAGCCGCGGGCGCUAGUUUUAACCCAGAAUACCACGGCGAAGAUGGACCUUUAACAACAGGAUUCCCAUUCGAACUCCUUAAUGGGUCACUCUAUGGACUAGCUCAAGAUGCUUGGCAGACAUUGGGUUUUCCUGCAAAUGCCGAUCUAAAUAGCGGAAAUACCCGUGGAUUUGGCGUCUGGCCACAGACAAUUGAUAGAGAUGCGGAUAUCCGAGAAGAUGCUGCUCGUGCCUAUUACUACCCCGUUGAGAAAAGACCUAACCUCAAGAUCAUCAAAGGGACGGUAACGGAGCUGAAGUGGGCAAAUUCAUCUGCAACGGGUAGCCUACUCUCAGCUGAUGGAGUCGAAUAUCGUGACGGCUCCAACAAAACUACUAUCCUUAGUACUGAAAACGUCAUUUUGUCUGCCGGUGCACUAAGAACUCCUCUAAUACUCGAGCGUUCCGGCAUCGGAAAUCCUAGCAUCCUCGAAAGGUAUGGCAUAGAGACGAAGAUAGAGCUCAAUGGUGUGGGUGAAAACUUACAAGACCAAACCAAUACGGCGUUGCAAUAUUCUACGAACUUUAAUAUAACCGGAACUGUUCCUUACGCAACUUUUGUUACGGCCGAAGACAUAUUCGGUAACCAGACUUCCACCAUAGCGGCAGCAACCGAUGCGAAGCUUUCUGAAUGGGCUCAAAAAGUCUCGGAUGCUAACGGGAGAGCUAUCAGCCCCAGCCAAUUGGAAAGCGUAUUCCGAGUACAGCACGAUCUCAUCUUCAAGAAGAAUGUUACGAUUGCCGAGACAUUAACAUCGGGUUCUGGUGAUAUACUUAUAUCUGCCUUCUGGGCAUUACUACCCUUCUCCCGAGGCAGUGUUCAUAUAAAAUCGGCCGAGGAUAUCGACGAUCCUGCCAUUGACCCUAAGUACUUCUUCAUCGACUUUGAUGUCACCGUUCAAACCGGGAUUGGCCGCAUUUCGCAAGAGCUUUGGUACACGAACCCACUCAGCGAUGUAGUGGUUGACUAUCUAGUUCCAGGAAACGUAGAUCUGCCUCGCAAUGCCACUGAUGCACAAUGGGCGACGUCACUUACCAACUUGCUAACGCCGAAUCACCACGCGCUUGGAACAGCUUCGAUGAUGUCUCGUGAACUCGGUGGCGUCGUAGACCCCAAGUUUCAAGUAUACGGUACUUCGAAUGUCCGAGUCGUCGAUGCGUCCGUGUUACCGCUGCAGAUUAGUGGUCAUUUAACUGCGACGCUCUACGCUAUGGCUGAGAGAGCGGCAGGGUUCAUUAAGGAUUCAUAACUUACUCCAAUAAACAAGACCUCUAAUUCUAUGUAUUCAGUCUCGAGACGUUAAAAUAAAGGUUUAGGGAUUAUGUAAUGAUACAAUGCCC